AUGGUACAGACAGAUAACAAAAACGGGAGAGAGUUGCAGGAGAGUUAUCUCUCAAAACUCUACAUAUCCCAGCCACUGACACUGCCCGAAGAUAUCAAGAAUUAUGUACUGAAUCCAAGGGAGGUUGAUAGAGAAAUGGUAUAUUUGGAAAGAUAUGUCAGUACCAAGGACCCGGAUCUCACAAGGAUUAUAUUCAUGGUAGAGAUCCUGAGCAAGUGUCUAAGGAGGCAUUCUGAGUUUAGAGACUACACGAAGCUUCUGGUAAGGAUAGUGGAGACAUACAAAGACUAUCAGUACUCCAUAUUCUGCCUCCGCAUCAUCAGAUCUGUUGUGGGGUCCAAGUUUUACAUCCCAUUGUCCUUCUAUCUGGUUAGGAUACUGAAGAAUGCAAUAUCGGUAAAGAAUCUUAUUGCAAGUGGCAGGAAGAUAGAUUACGAUAUGGUGAAGCCGGACACAGAAAGAAUAAGAAGUGAGGAGCAUCAGAUGUUCGUGAUUGAGGAGGCAAGCUCCGUUCUGCUGCAGCACAUGUCGAUGUUUUCAAAGAACAUCGGGUUUCCGGAACUUGCUGGUGUUGUGAUAAGUGAACUGAAGAAACUAAGGAUAGGGAUCUACAAGGAAGUUGUCGGAAAUAUGAUAUCUGGUAUUGAUGGGCAGAGGAAAUACGUACUUGAAAAAAGAAAUAAGCUGAAGCUAAGCGGGAUAGAUGGAAAAACCAUAUCUUCAUUUGAAAGCAGCAUUGAGAGAACCCUUGGACAAUAA